GUCGACUGCGAUCUCGAAGAAGGCUAAAUGUCAAAAUUAUAUAAUACUCAUUUUUACUUUCCAUCAAUGGAUGCCAUCAUGUAGAAUGUAGAAGCAGAAAAGGAGAAGAUGACACCGCAUUUUACAACGCUAACUCCAGUGCGAAAGCGAUGUGUAAUCGUGCUGGUGUUAGUUUUGGUUCCAUGUGCAAUUUUGAAUCUGCUGACACCAUCAGACAUGCGUGAGGAAGCCGUAUUACAGAACAGCAUCGCUGAUUUGCAGGCCAAAUUGGAGCAUUUGCAUGCCAAAUACAUUAGCAGUCAGGAAGAAAUAAAUUUGCUGUCGCAUCAGUUGCUACAGCUGAUCGAGAGCAAUCACAUUCUACCAGAUCUGCAGUUGCUCAUCAGCAAUGGCACCUCCAACAUUACCAAUAUCAAACUGCCUUCGAUCUACAAUUUUCUACCACAUUUUCUAAAUGAUCCGAAUAGCCUGCGUCCUGCGUUUGUGCAGAGCAAAGGUAGAUCAGGGGUCAGCAUGGUGUUGGGAGUACCGACGGUAAAACGCGAGGUUCAGUCCUAUCUUAUGGCAACUUUGAAAAAUCUACUGGAUCGUAUGAACACUGUAGAGAUUGCUGACACUCUCAUCAUCGUUUUAGUGGCUGAAACAGACAUUGAUUAUAUAACAUAUGUUGCAAAGCAAAUUGAAGUUCAAUUUCCAAACGAAUGUGAAGCUGGCGUGAUCGAUGUGAUAUCACCAUCAUUAUCCUAUUAUCCUAACUUAUCAAAAUUACGCGACACUCUCGGUGACGAUCAUCAACGUGUUAUUUGGCGGUCCAAGCAAAAUCUAGAUUUUGCUUUCCUCAUGUCCUAUGCUCAGACUAAGGGCACGUUUUAUGUACAAUUAGAAGAUGAUAUUUUAGCUAAGAAGAACUUCAUAACUACUAUGAAAUCUUUUGCGUUACAGAAGAUAGGUACAAAGGAAAACUGGUUUGUCCUCGAUUUCUGUCAGCUCGGUUUUAUCGGAAAAUUGUUCAAAUGUGUGGAACUUCCAUGGCUAAUUCAAUUUUUUUUGAUGUUCUACAAUGAUAAGCCUGUUGAUUGGUUAUUGGAUCAUUUGAUAUCGACAAAAGUCUGCAGUCUUGAUAUGGACCACAAACAUUGCAAAAUGGCUAAAGCAGAAUUAUGGGUACAUUACAAACCUUCUCUCUUUCAACACAUAGGGACGCAUUCUUCCUUAAAAGGAAAAGUGCAAAAACUCAAAGACAAACAAUUUGGCAAAAUAACACUAUUUUACGCUCACGAGAAUCCUGAGGCAAUUGUAGAGACUCAAAUCAAGCCUUAUAAACAGUAUACAUUGCAAAAAGCAUACAAGGGCGAGUCAUUCUUUUGGGGUUUGUUACCUCAGCCGGGAGAUCAUUUAAAGUUUAAAUUUUCGCAUCCUAUUUUUAUAAAGAAGUACUUAUUCAGAAGCGGAAAUCCUGAACAUCCUUCUGAUCGAUUUUACAAUACAACCGUGGAAGUAUUAACCGAGAUGUCUCCGUUAUUAGAUAGAAAUAGCAACGAUGUGACGGAGGACGGUUAUGUUAUUAUAGGUAAGUUUGAUGUACUUGGUGUUGCCCAAGGGAUCGUGGAUCGAAGAUUGGGUAAAGUUUCGGUACUUCGUUUAACCAUACACAGUGAAAGUGAAAACUGGGCCAUUUUAUCCGAGAUUCACAUAGUAGAAGAUCAGCCUAGUUGAUUAAAAGAUGAAGAUUCUUGAGUGCUCCUUUGGUACCACCUACACGGUUAGCGUAAGCGACUGAUAUUUUUAUAAAUGUUUCUUAAUAAUUUAUAUAUUUUUUUAUUUUACUGUCAUGUUAUAUAUUUAAAUGGAUCAGUUAAUUCAAUGCCGUCCAUUACAAAAGAGAUAAAUGUUUUGAUGAAUAUGGUUAAUAUAAUUGAAGCCGACCUUUAGAUCGGCUGAGCAUUUUAAUGGCUUUUUUUUAAAUACAUGUGGCGUUUGUUAAAGCGUAAAAAUCAGGUCGUAAUGUAAGAUUUGCUUCUGAUAUUCACACUUUUGCGAAUAUCCGGUUUACAAGUGUAUACAA